AUGACAUCCAAAAUCAAAGGCGAACCCGAAAAAGACCCAUACGAUGUGUUAGGAAUCAAAUUCAACGCAUCCGAUGCCGACAUCACCAGGGCUUAUCGAAAGCUAGCCCUAAAAUUCCAUCCAGACAAGCAGCGCAGCACCCUCUCCAGUGCCCAACAAGAAAAGAAUGCCCAAGACUUUCAAGACAUUCAGAUCGCCCGAGCCUACUUGUUAGAUCCAGAACAUGCGGAAUCACGGAGAAACUACGAUAGCAAGCGCGCGUCGAUUUCGGCCCGUCAGGCGGCGGACGCUGCUCGUGAAAAGGGAAUGUCGGAACGUCGAAAGCGUAUGCGAGACGAGUUACGCCAAGGAGAGGAACAAGCCUCGAAACAACCAACCCUAAGACCAAAGGCUACUAGUAGAAGUAAGAGCGAGAAUGAGAUGGUAGACAAACUGAGGAAACAGGGAGCCGAGAUGAGGGAAGAAUAUGGGGAUCGUGCAGCUACCGAAGCUGCUAAGGAACACGCAAGAAAUAGUUCCCAAGCUAAGGAAGUCAGGCGAAAACAAAAGGAAAGUCGGGAAGACCGCCAACUGAGAUUGAAAUGGAGCCGCAGGAAAAUUAAGAUAAGCCCCUCGGAGCAUUCGCUUGCGACACUCCUGUCCAAGUACGGUAUGGUGGAAUCUGUUGAAAUGCUCGGUUCAAAAGGGAACUCCGCAUUGGUGACCUUUGCCGAGACGGCUAGCUGUGGUCCUGUAGUGGACGCAUUUGCCGAAUCAGAAGAAAUGCGAGCCACUUUCGUGGGGAGGCGCAGAGAUCGAGAAGAAAAUAGCAAAAGCGCGGACGAUGACCCUCUCGAAGCCACCUUACCAAGAUCUCGCGACACAGAGGAUGUUGAUGAUUGGAAAACGCGACAAGGUGCUGAGCGGGAGCUCAGAAGAAAGCAAAGCCACGACGCGCGAAAACCGCACGGAGUCGAAGCGAAAAGCCGAGCGAGGAUCUAG